CAAAUCUGUAGCUCGAUUUAGUGCUGUAAUCGACAUUGUUGGAUGAAGAACAUAGGAGCUGAUGAUCUCGGAGAUUGAGGUGUCACUCUCUGGAAGAGGAGGGGAAUGGAAAGGUCUUUCAAGGGUAAUUUUGCCUUUUCAGUGUGGUUAUGGAGGUUCUUGUGGCGUGAUGUGAAGUUCGAGAGUUUCGAGGGGUCAGAGUGGACUUAGCUGCAUCGAUUGACAUUUUUGAUUUGCACAUAAGCUUGAAGAAGAUGGUUUAGUUCAACUAUUUUGGAGAUCAGAAAAGAAGCAGAUUUGAGGAACGUGAGGAUUGUAGUGAUGAUGGGUAGAGGAAAGAUAAUCAAAUGGUAGAGAGAGAGAGUUUUCAGGGUAUUUUUGUCCUGAAAAUUUUAUGUUUUCAAUGUACUACAAAAACUGAACCAAUUUAUGAAACAAAGUCCUUUUUUAGCGGGCCGGUGCUCGGUAGAGUUGACAAGGUAAUGACUUGAAUACCACCGUGUCUCAGGUUUGAUUUGUCCUUCUCAUUCUUAAUUUAAAAUGUUACUUGUAUUGUGGGGUCGGGAUAAGUAGUUGGGGGUUUAUCUGGUAGUUACAAGUCCAAAGGGUGGGUAGUUGCGAGGGUUUACACAUCGUUAAAAAAAAAUAAAAAAAUAAAAAAAAUCCUUUUUAAUGGAAUAAAGAGAAAAAAAAAAAAAAAAAAAAAGUCAUUUUUAAUGGAAUAGUGGUUCGAUUUCAUUCCGGUAGUGAUAAUAUAAUAAUAUCGUAAAAUGAAUUGAAGAUUAUUAAUCUCAACAAUCGGAUGAAAUUGAUUCACUGUUGCACUGGAGAGAACUUGGGUCGUCCAAUUUUCUGCAGCAUCAUCUUUUAAUUUAUUUUUCAAUAGUUUGAAUGCUUUUUCUCAAGCUCCGUAGCUGACCAUUCUUCUUAUUUCGUAUUGACACAUUGCUGAGAUUGCAAAAUCAAGUACCAACUAAAAUUAGACUUCAAUCCGUGAAAAGCCAAACCUUGAAUCCACCUGUCAUUUUAUAAUUUUAGUAGUAACCAACCAAGACACACGUAACUUAUUUUGUCAUCAAAUAACAUUUUUAAUUACUACAAAUUGAUUAUCUGGACCCCCAACCGAACCGAAUGCAUAUACAAUUUAUAUUUAUUUUAAUCAAAUAAUAUUCUCAAAGUUUAACAUUGAUAUCAUCCAAAAUUUCAAAUAAUGCGGAUCACUCUCAGCUGAUUGAUUUAGCAUAUACAUGUAAUGUCAAUAUCAUACUGUACUAUUUAUGAUGACAUUAUAAUAAUUGUGGGUGAAAAAGAUACUUUAUAUAUAUAUAUAUAUAUACACACACAUAUAUAUAUAAAUCACUUUCAACCAAAGAGAGAGAGAUUCAUUGAACCAUAUAAACAACCAUAAUUACAACUCACCAAUAAAACUUGCCGGGGCUUAGCUGCUUGUUGAACAUGAAUUCAGCCACAACCAGAAAGCCUCAUGCAGUAUGUGUUCCAUACCCAUCACAACCAGAAACCCUCGGCUUGUUCCUUCAUGGGAUAUCUGCAUUAUCGUGAACUCAUCAAAAGAGGCAUUAUUCCAUUUAAAGACGAAAACUUCCUGGUCGAUGGUACUCUUGAUACACCUAUUGAUUGGAUCCCAGGCAUGAGAAACAUUCGGCUCAAGGACUUGCCAAGCCAUCUUAGGAACAAUCACCCUAAGGACACCAUGUUCGACUUCAUGGGAGAGGAAGCACAGAACUGCUUAAAAGCCCCUGCAAUUAUCUUCAACACUUUUGAAGCAUUCGAACAAGAAGUGUUGGAGGCAAUCGCAUCUAAAUUUCCUCGCAUUUACACUGCAGGUCCUCUUUCAUUGCUAGAAAGGUAUGUGAGUGAUACCAAAGUCAAGUCAAUUAGUGCAAGUUUAUGGAAAGAGGACUCCACAUGUCUUCAAUGGCUAGACCAAAGAGAACCUAACUCAGUUGUGUAUGUGAACUAUGGAAGUGUGACAGUAAUGUCUGCACAACACUUGAAAGAAUUUGCUUGGGGGCUUGCAAAUAGUAAGCACCAUUUUUUAUGGAUUGUUCGACCUGAUGUUGUGAGGGGCGAUUCAGCGUUGUUGCCACAAGAAUUCUUUGAGGAGACUAGGGACAGAGCAUUGGUAGCGAGUUGGUGCACACAAGAACAAGUCCUCUUACACCCAUCAGUUGGUGCUUUUUUGACACAUUGUGGAUGGAAUUCUAUGACGGAAAGUGUUUGUGGAGGUGUGCCUAUGAUCUGCUGGCCUUUCUUUGCUGAUCAACAAACCAAUUGCCGGUAUGCUUGCACUGAGUGGGGGAUAGGAAUGGAGGUAGAUCAGGAUGUAAAGCGUUACGAAAUUGAAGCUCUUGUUACGGAAAUGAUGGAAGGGGAUGAAGGGAAGAAAAUGAGAAGUAGGGCUCAGGGGUGGAAGAAGAAAGCAGAAGAAGCUACUGAGAUUGGGGGAUCAUCUUAUAACAACUUUGACAGAUUCAUCAAGGAGGUCCUCCAAUUUGAGAGCAAUUAGUAUAAACUGUUGGGGAAUUUAUUUAGGUUUCUGAGGAGUUUUACUUGGGAUGUGAUUGUGUACAAUUGUUUUGACCUUGUGGCAAAAAACCAUGGAGAAGCAGUCUGGCAUGCCUGUAAAUUCUCUCAUUGAAAAAAAAAAAAUUAAAUAAAAUAGUAUGAUGUGCCUCAAAA